GGCCUUUGGCAAAGUUGUCAAGGCCGUAAACAUGGCCACAUCRCAAGAAGUGGCCKUCAAAAUCCUCAAACGUGAGGAUGCUGCUCSAAGAGAGGUAUGUAAUCUUGUUCAUUUUGAGGUUUUUGUUUCACAUUGUCUUACUCCUAACUUGUUUCUUAGAAUAACUGUUGAGACCAUGCUGUGUCAUCUACACCUCCUAUAUCCUGUUUCCUCUUUCCUCUACAGAUGUGGAUGCUUAAGGCAGUGAGCGCUCUUGACCCCACCAAAAGCAACGUGGUCGACUUCAUUGAGCGGUUUCAGGACGGCGGACAGACCUGUCUGGUGUUUGAGCGGCUGGACAUGAACCUGUACCAGCUGCUGCAACAACGACGUGGACAUCCGCUGACUCUGAGUGAGAUUCGGCCCAUUGCUCACCAGUUGCUGACAACUUUUGCCGCACUGGAGAGCAUUGGGGUGAUCCACACAGACCUCAAACCAGACAAUGUGAUGCUGGUGAACCACGAGAGGGAGCCCUUCAGGGUGAAACUCAUCGAUUUUGGUGUGUCCUUCAUGAGGUCAGAGAACACYCGUGGCAUGAAAACCCAGCCCAUAGGCUUCAGGUCACCUGAAGUCACCCUGGGCCUCCCUGUBUCAGAGGCCAUUGAUAUGUGGGGUCUGGGCUGCAUCCUCCUUUUCCUCUACCUCGCCAACCACCCGUUUUCAGUGGACUGCGAGUACCAGGGAAUGAAGGGAAUUGUAGACAUGCUGGGUCAGCCAGAUGAUGACUUCCUCAASGCUGGAAUAUACAGCCACCAAUUUUUCAUGGAGGACAAGCACUGGUGCAACCCAGGGUGGUCGAUAAAGACCCCAAGUGAGUUUGAAAGUGGGACUGGCAUCCAGGUCAAGGAGUGGGCCYGUGACAUUGGAAGCCUGAAUGACCUGAUCACACUUCARCCAGUGCUGAAUGGAUCCAUUGAGCUCCAGGACAGGAGAGCAUUCGUCAGUCUGCUCAAAGGCCUCCUUCAGAUUGACCCCAGGAGGAGGCUAACGCCACAGAGGGGUCUCUCKCACCCCUUUCUUACCAUGGUCCACCUGAUGGAUAACAUGGAAAGCCCAUAG